AUGUAUAUUCAUUAUCUUUCCCCACAGAACAAAAGAAAUGGGCAAGAGAAGAGAAUCACAACAUUAGACGAAGAUAUUGCAAGUAUAAGGCAAGAAGUUGUCUCUACACCAAUCGACGCGGAACUUACAGUAGAACAGCUGUUUGAGCAAGUCCUAGGGAGUGCAACUGAAAUACUUGAUCAAAUGAAAGCUUGGUAUCCAGGUACCGAAUGCACUAGACAAGCUGAAGGCAUUACUAAUGUCAGCAAGACCAAUGAACAGCAAGAGGAAAAUCUUCCUGUAGAAAACAUCACACACAGCAAAGAACAGACUGUGUUAGCCAGCAACAGCAUAAACCUGAAUGGCAGCGUGGAACCCCUUCACCGAGCAGAAGAGCACUGGAAACCGCAUGUAAGAACAUGUUCAAUGUACUCGUGUUUAGAAAAUUCAGUCUCGCAAGAUGUCAAACUGCCGCCAUUCACAACUUUGUUCUAUCUUAAGGUAUCGGAUCCAUAA